AUGUCCAAAGAAAAUGAAGAAUUGGCUCUCCCUGCGGAGUCCGAAGCCACCCUGGAUGCCUGCAGAAACAAAGCAGGCUUCUGGCUGCUUGGCCUCUGCAACAACUUUGCUUAUGUAGUGAUGCUGAGUGCAGCCCAUGACAUUCUCAGCCAUCAGAAAGUGCCAGAGCAUAAUGGGACGGGACCGAUUCCCCCCAGUGUUUCUCCAGAGAAUACCACCAUCAAUACUUCUCGGUAUGAUUGCAACACCAUUUCGACUGGGAUGGUACUUCUGGCGGACAUUUUGCCAACUCUCUUCAUCAAAUUCAGUGCCCCUUUUUGCAUCCACUUGUUCCCAUAUGGCUUGCGUGUUGGCAUUUGUGUUACCUCAGCUUGGGGCAGCUUUCUACUAGUGGCCUUCUCCACCACCUCAACACAAAGCCUCUUGGGUGUCGUGCUUGCCAGUAUAUCAUCUGGUAUUGGUGAAAUAACAUUCCUGGCACUCACAUCAUUUUUCAACAGUGCUGUGGUGUCUGCCUGGUCAUCUGGAACAGGUGGGGCUGGCUUGAUCGGGGCCCUUUCCUACCUCGGGCUGACACAGGCAGGCCUGACUCCGCAGGAUACUCUCCUCUUUAUGACCAUUAUUCCUGUUAUCAUGCUGGGCAGCUAUUGCUUCCUGCUGGCUCCCCCUCCUCAAGCCCCUCGCUGUGGCUGGGGGGUCUGCAAGCCAAAAUCGCCCUGUGCCUCUUCUGUGAUUCAACAGCCUCUUCUCGGGGACAAAUUGACACUCCCUCAAACGACACAAAAACCUCAGCUCACCUUGCAAGAAAAAGAACAGGUGGUCAAGGGUCUUUUGAAAUACCUCAUCCCCUUGUCUGUGGUGUAUUUUGCUGAAUACUUCAUCAAUCAGGGACUGUUUGAAUUGUUGUACUUUCGAAACACAACUUUAAAUCACCCCCAACAAUAUCGCUGGUAUCAGAUGCUGUAUCAAUUAGGGGUUUUUAUUUCCCGCUCCUCUGCCAGCUGUAUACGAAUCCGAAAGAUAUGGCUUCUGGCUAUAUUGCAGUGCCUGAAUAUGGUGUUUCUCCUGUUUGCCGUGCGCUACAUGUUUCUACCCAGCAUCUAUGUGGUUUUCGUGCUGAUAUUGUAUGAGGGAUUGCUGGGAGGAGCUGGCUAUGUGAACACUUUCCAUUGUGUCAGUGAAGAGAGCAAGCCGGAACAUCGAGAAUUUGCCAUGGGAGUAGCUUGCAUAGCCGACACUUUGGGCAUCUCACUCUCAGGGGCCAUUGCUAUCCCUGUCCACAACUAUUUCUGUCACCUUCCUUGAAGUAUGCUUUCCAGGAGGAUCAACAGAUGUCUUGGCACACUAUACCUUCGUUCUUGAGUGGGCUGAUACCCAUUCGUAAGGAGGGGAAACUCUUGGGUGUAUUACUAGUAUUGGCUGACCUCCAAGCGCAAGAAGAAAGGCGCAUCAGAAGCUGCUAGGGAUUUAUCCUCUUGGCUUAAUUUCUUGAACAUUUUGAUUUAGGAAAUUAGAUAGUUUUAACUGAGUGCAGCUGAGGUUGUUCUUUUUUUCCCCCUCCUUCACAUUAUAUAGAAUUUGGCAGGGUUAAAGGGAGAAAAGACACUUGCUGUUGGAUGGGAUCAUCCAACUUAUAAAGUUCUCAAAGGUGUAAUAUUUUUAAUGGCGCACAAAGUGAAAUGGAAACAAUUCAGAAGAUGCUUCUCUACAUAACUGGAUUCAAGAGAGGUGGGGGGAAAGAGAUGCUAUGUUUUAUUCAUAAGUGAAUAUGUUAGCAGUUAGAUGCUCAUGGAACCCCAGUGGGUGGAAAAGAUAAUACGGUAUUUGAUCUACUUCUUUCUGAAGUUAAUUAGUAAACCAGGCCUUGAAAAACUGUUAGUGUUGCUGAAUGAUUAUCCUAUGUCAGAGUAUGAUAAAAGUCUGGACUUGUGUGAUUAUUUGAAAUGACCGAGACAAAAAUUAAAA